GACACCGUACGUCGUCUUUUAGAUUGUCUGUUUCUCCCCACAGGAAUUGCCGAGUCCCGACCAGCCCUCAACAUUUCACGUCACAGGUUUUCACCUGCUUCACUCGUGUUCUUUCCAAAAAAAAAAUUUGUUUCCAUCAAAUCGUAAGUAACAAACCUCAAAACAUCUCCGCAUUCUCCUCAAAUCACGUUUUAAUUUCAACAAUAUCAAGAGCGAUCUAGACGACUGGAUCCAGAUCUAGGGUUUAACUGUAUUGUUAGUGACGACAAUUCGAUUUCGUCUCUUUAGGGUUUCAGAUCUCGCGUCUUGGCUCAAUCGAUCACAACUUUGAGCAAUUAAAAGCGGUACGACCAAGAGGUUUGAGUGUUAGAAAUGCCGGUGAAGGUAGCGCAAACUUCGUUUCGGGAUCGAACUCAGGAGUUUCAGAGUGUUGCGGAGAGGCUAAGGAAGUCAGUUUCAUCUGGAUCCGGGCCAAAUGGUACAAGCAGCAGUUCAAAAUCUGAUGAACAGCGAUCCUCUGUGGCACUUCAGUCCGAGUUCAACAAGAAGGCUUCUAAGAUAGGGUUUGGGAUUCACCAGACUUCGCAGAAGCUUUCCAAGCUAGCAAAAUUGGCAAAGAGGACUUCAGUUUUUGAUGACCCCACCAUGGAAAUCCAGGAGCUGACAGCUGUUAUCAAGCAGGAUAUUACUGCACUGAACUCUGCAGUGGUAGAUCUUCAACUUUUUUGCAACUCCAGGAAUGAGGGUGGUAUGUCCAGUGACACCACUAGUCAUUCAACUACUGUUGUAGAUGACCUGAAGAAUCGCUUGAUGAGUACCACUAAAGAGUUCAAAGAAGUUCUUACCAUGCGAACAGAGAAUUUGAAGGUUCAUGAGAACAGAAGACAAUUGUUUUCGUCCUCCGCUUCUAAGGAUUCUACAAAUCCUUUUGUUAGGCAGCGGCCACUGGCUGCCAGGUCAGCUGCUAGUUCUUCAGCCUCCCCUCCUUCAUGGGCUAAUGUUUCACCAUCUUCUUCUCCGUUGUUUCCCAGGAAGCAGAUGGAUGGGGAGAGUCAGCCAUUGUUGCAGCAACAACCGCACAAUCAACAACAACAGCAGCAGCAACAACAGAUGGUUCCGUUGCAAGACAGUUACAUGCAGAGUAGAGCUGAAGCUCUUCAGAAUGUAGAAUCAACCAUCCAUGAACUGGGCAACAUCUUCAACCAGUUGGCAACCCUGGUCUCUCAGCAAGGAGAGAUUGCUAUCAGGAUUGAUGAGAACAUGGAUGACACCUUGGCAAAUGUGGAGGGAGCACAGGGGGCUUUGCUUAAGUACCUCAACGGUAUAUCAUCUAAUAGGUGGCUGAUGAUCAAGAUAUUCUUUGUAUUGAUUUUUUUCCUCAUGAUUUUCCUCUUCUUUGUGGCAUAG